AUGUUAGGCCUAUCAGCUUUCAUUAGUGACAAUGGGAAUGAUCAUUUUGGGGAUGUUACAGAUGUUUCUCCACUUGCUGGCAUGGAUGGUUUGUUGGGUGUCUCUGCUUAUGAUGCUGACAAGAACUGCACGUGCCUCUUCGUAUCAUCAAAAGCAACCCCUUAUCAAUCUAUUCCAACAAUGGUUGGCUCAAUGAUUUCCAUUAGGAUCAAGAACAGGAAAUUCUACCAAAAUCAGUAUGCCUUCUGCAACCAGCUUUUAACAGCCCCGACUACUCCUCUCUUCCCUUCACUGGAAUCUGAAUUACAUAAAAUAUUCAUGAAUCAGAAUGGAGAUUCUAAAGAUCAUCAUCCAAAUGCACCAAAAUGUAGAGUAAGACCCACUAUUAAUGCAGCUAUCCCUUCGGGUCCUUCAUUUGGAGAUUUUGUUGUCUGGAAAGGGGAGACUGCAACUCCUACACCUGCUCCAGCUUGGUCAGAUUCAGGAAAGAUUGCAAGGCAUACUUCCUUAAGGUACAUUCUUAAAGAACAAGAGAAUAAAGGUGGUUGUUCUUCUGUUCAACAACAACAUCAAGUACAUGUCCCAAUGCAGAAGUCGAUGUCAUCAUCUGUUCAAACUAAAAAUGGUCCUUCAUGGUCAUCACCUGUCCAGAUUAUGUCACAUAGUGGGACCACUCUUAUGUAUUAUGUUGCAAGCAUUUUUGUCCCUAUGGUGGUUGGUUUGUCAUUAAUGACACUGCUAGGGUGCUCUGAUGUUUACCCAAGACUUAAAGGUGUGCUUUCCCAAGUUCUUCCUAUUUUAGGGAAUGUUAAAGAUCAACAUCGACCAAUUUUUGCAAAUGCUUUCAGGUGUUGGUGUCAAGCUUGUUGGCAAUACAGUGUGGAGUACCUUCUUUCAUCAAUUCUUAAUAGUGAUGUCACUAAUAAUCCUUCUGAGGGGGUGUUUGUUGGGCUGCUUCUUUCAAUGUCAUUAACAACAAUGGUUUUGAAGUUUUUGAUGGAAAAGAAUAGUGUUAAUGCUCUUCAUAGAAAAGUAUGUUGGUAUUUUAGGAAAUUUGGCUAA